AUGAAAUCUAAUAAACAUAAAUCAAUAAUAUCAUCUGUCAAUCAAUCAAAAUUUACAACAAGUCUUAAUAAUCAUUGUCGUCAAAACGAAUAUAUAAAGUUUUUCAAACGUUUACUUCAAUCAUUGUCUAGAAAUGAUAAUGAAAAGAAUGGAAUUUGUACAUGUCAAUCUUUUAAUCGAAAUACUAAUGCAUUUUGUAGUGAUAAUGAUAGUCAACAGCAACAACAGCUCUAUCCACAUAUGCGAAAAGUUUAUGAUAACGAUACAAAAUUACUUGAACAUGUACAUAUUAUUAUGUCAACAACGAAACCAAUUUGUUCUAUCAAUGAACAAAAACAACCAGAAGUAAUAGUACAGCAACGUCCUCCUCGACGUACACGUGUUUCAAAACAACGUGCAAGAGUUUUAAUUACUGAAUAUUGCUCGCGUAAAAUAUCUGAUAAUAUAAAAGUACCAACGAAUAAACGAAAUCAUUCAUCGCUCUGCUUUUUUUGUAUCGAUUGA